UCCCCGCAGCCGGACGCCUCCUUCAGCGACCGGCCCGCCGUUGGCUCUGCCCACUCAGGCUGCUCCCUUUUGCACUUUUCGCAGACUGCACUGCGUUCACAGAGCUCUGCACGGCCCUCCGACACAUCAGCGGCAUCGGGCGCCAGAACGACGAAGGGAAACGCGACUAGGGAGCGAUAUUCACCGGCGCUGCCGCCACCUCCACGUUUGUAUGAGCGAGUCCCGGGUAAACACAAUAACGAAUGGAAAUAAGUCCCGUGGGCGACUCUGCGUUUAAGAAGUGCUCCAGAAUAGUAUCUACGUUAUUUUUAAUUAUAGUUUGUAUAUUUCGCGAGCCCUGGUUAAUCUAAUGACGGGUGUUGACACCAAGCUCAAUAUCUUGCAUCAGACAGCCGGAGAAAAAGCAGAACAGAACGAUGCUGGAUGGAUUUCUUUGGACAAAAAAAGCCCCUAUCCGUCCCUAGAUCAAUUACAGUCAGCUUUGCCACCCCCUCAGCGCAGGCGCCAGUCCCUGACAUGGAGGGGAAUGACCAUCUGCUUAGGAGGACUCUCCAUAGGUUGAAAUUGAUGAGUUCCCCCAGCCUCAGUGAGCUGGGCAAGAGCGAGAAGGCUGCGUUGGAGGAGCGGGGAGCCCAGCAGAGGAGGGCGGGGGCCAACGCCACCUGGAACAGCAUCCACAACGCCGUGAUUGCCGUCUUCCAGAGGAAGGGUCUGGCAGACAACGAGCUCUACCUCCUCAACGAAGGGGUCCGACAGCUGUUGAAAACUGAGCUGGGAUCGUUUUUCACAGAGUACCUCCAGAAUCAGCUGCUAACAAAGGGCAUGGUCAUACUAAGAGACAAGAUACGAUUCUAUGAAGGUCAGAAGUUGCUGGACUCUUUGGCUGAGACUUGGGACUUCUUCUUCUGCGAUGUUCUCUCCAUGCUUCAGGCUAUAUUUUAUCCUGUCCAGGGAAAGGAGCCUUCGGUGCGGCAGCUGGCUCUGCUCCACUUCCGCAACAUCAUCACCCUCAACAUCAAGCUAGAAGAUGCCCUCUCCCGGCCCCGGGCGCGAGUGCCACCCUCCAUCAUCCAGAUGCUGCUCAUCCUGCAGGGGGUCCAUGAGUCUAAAGGUGUCAGUGAUGACUACUUGAAGCUGGAGUCUCUGAUCCAGAAGGUGGUGUCUCCAUACCUGGGAACUCACGGCCUGCUCUCCAACGAUGGCUCCAUCAUACAGUCGUCCUGUGUUCUGGAGAAGCGGUUGCUCCGCCUGUGGCCCAGACCCGGCGAGCCAGCCAAGAACCCAGUGGUGCGCUCCAAGAGUUACAACAUCCCCAUGCUUACCCCGGUGGUGGAGUACGACACCGAGGCCGGCUCAGUGGGCAGCGUGGGCGUCCGCCGUCACUCCGUCUGCGAGAUGACCUCUUGCCUGGAGGAGGUGGGCUAUGCUGACCUGGCUGCCGUCCUGGACGCCGGUACCAAGCUGUGCCCAACCGAACCCGAUGAACCAUCACCAGUGCAAGACCUGGAGCUGGGGGCCGUCGCCAGCGAGUCCCCAUUUCCCUCCCCCUCUGAACUGGGCAAGGACCAUGAUUCCCUCAACAGUGGGCCCUCCAGCCCAGAGACCAUCGUAGAUCAAAUCCUGGACUCCAUGGACUCAGACGCUGAAGGCAUCUUCAUCGAUUUCAGUCACUGCUGCUCAGACUCCUCAGGGUACGACAGGGACAAUGGCAGGCAGAGUGUCGUCUAGCGGGACCUGGCUUUCCGACCUCCCUUUCUAUUUCUAUAGCUCUUUUUAAAGCUUUUUAACGCUGCAUCUUUCUUAGCAUUUGGUUUGUCCUAUUAAUAUUUUUAAGCUGGUCGUUCAUAUUUAAGUAUUUCCCACCUGCGUUUUGACUGUUGUAAAGGAACUGGGUCCAGUUAUUGGGGCCAAAGGCUUUGAUCUAUAGUAGGAGCAGCACGCUCUUGAGUUUAUUCUUGCAUGGCAUGGAUCAUCCACUGCAGAUAGCAGUUGAUUGUUAUUUCACACUUGGUAGCAUCUUAUUGGAAGCGUCCUGCCUCAUAGGAUAAUUCCGGUGCGUCUUGCAAGUAAUGUUUUUGGGUUCGAUUUUUCUCCCCUUAAAAAUGUGCCCUUGGGCCCCCACCAGUUGGCGUUCUGGUAAGAGCGAGGUGUGUCCUGCAAGGGCAGAUCCAGGGUUUGAUCGCUGUUGUGCACCAUUGCACAUCUUUGGAGAGGACCAUGGUUUGCCUGGCUCUCCAUUGGCUGGUCAGGACAGCUGUGCUCUCCGUCUUUGUUACUGUAAAGCAAUACCUGCGAUAAGCUUGACGCGGACAAAGGUACAGCCCUCUCGUCCAGACAGCUAUUGGCAUCAUGGAUAGAGCAGAGAAGCUGUGCUGAUGUAAACCAAGGGAGGGAAAAACAUGAGCAUCGAUGCCUUGCUGUUAUGGGAAAACAAGACACUGAUCUGAUUGGACUCUUAGGUUUAGACCUACUAUCUCAAUGGGCAAAUCAGCAUCUUCAAGAAUAUACUGCAGCACCAGGGCCAUUGUGAAAACCAAAUUUGUAGGUAGGCACCGUUUUAAACCCACAUACUGACAGAGAAAGCUCGCUCAUUGGCCAGACUAUCUUGACUGCAAGUUUACUGCAAGUUUAACGAUGUAUUUAUACAUUACAUUUUUACAAAACAUCGAGCAGGCACAUGCUUACCUAAAUUGACUGUGCAGCAUGUCCGGAUAAUUUAACGCCGGUGAGCUCUGCACUGGUCACAGAUUCUGUCUGCGAAACGAAACCUGGAGGAAACAUCCUUAAUAAUUAGCAUGCCCCCCCCCCCCCCCCUAAAAUCUUAACAUUUCAGGUUUUGCCACCCAGCCAAAAAGAUAUCAUCACCAAUAGUGAGAUCCAUGUGGUGGUUAGCGGCUGCUUUUACCAACCCAAAGGUAAGACUUUCUUUGGACCCUGCUUCUGAGGCACAUAAUUCAUGCAGAAUUUAAUAUAUUUACGAAAUUAACUCAUUAAUUGUUAAAAGAAGCAGGGAAACUUGCAGCUUACUACUUAAGUAUAGAGGUGGUGAGCGCUUACAUCUAACCACGGAAGGCUGCUUUGAGUCUUUUUGAACCAAAUGUUAUUAAAAUACGUUUUGACAGAAUUUUAAAUGUAAAGGUCGCCGUACCGUUUUGCUACGUGCAUUUGUUGCUCUUUGUGCUUGAGACACUUGUUGGUAAUUUGGCUCGUCGGAAAGACUCCCAGCGUGAGCUGUAGCUUUUAGCUGAUGGUGGGUCGAGCUGGUUUCCAGCGCGUUUCCCGCCUUCCUGCCCGUUUCCUCUCGUAAACUGGGAUUCCAGCAGGACUGGAGGUGCCAACUGAAAACGGCGAUGGCAGAUCUUGUAGUUUUUCCUUGCAUCUCCACAGUACAGCACAGUACAAAUUAGCAACAGCUUUUCAAAUUGGCAAGCUUUGUUCGCAUCUUAGUCAUGAUGUUCGCUUGGCUUAUGCACCGUUUAAAGGGAAAAAAAUUUAAUUGAAUUAUUUCAUAAUUCAUUUUAUGAACAUAUUACAGCCGUGUGGAUAAUGUCUGAUAAUAUUACUGAUGCCCACAGGACUUGCCCACAAAAACAGAAUAUUUGUUUCUGGGGAAAACAUUUCAAUGGUAAUAAGUAAGCAACAAUUUUCCCGAUAUUUCAGAACCUUCUGCAAUAAUUAUGUAUAUACAAAAUAUCAGACGUGUUAUAAGUAGGGUAAUAACAAUAAAAUAAAAUAAUGAAAUUGAUUAAACUAGGCACUUGAGGAUGUUUAAAUGGUUCUUCUGUACGGAAAGAUAGUGGUGUGUUCUCAAGAUGUAAUUUUUAUACAAACCCGUUUUAUAAAAGCGAGCAAAAAUGCAUGAAUUUUACACGAAAUGCUAACAAUUUCUAAAGAGGUGCAGAAAUUUGUAACCGAUUUCAUUGAAUAUGGCUUAUUUUGUUUUCAUUUCAGAUUGGCCGUGAUGUGUUAACCGAUGUAUAUCCGGAAGUUAUUAUUUAUAUGUAAUUUUAUAUUUAAAUUAUGAGUGAACAUUCUAAUUGACAAAUAGAAACAUUUGAUUUCA